AAACCAUAGUAAUUAAAAGUCGAUGAAACAAUAGUAUGGAUGAACGAUGCGGGGAAUAAUGGAGGCAAGAGAAAUGGACGAAGCACUGAAGCUGUUGGACUCUUCUCUUUCUCAAAUCAAAUGGCGUCUCAAAUUUCCAGCCAAACGUCGCCUCCAAUUAGAUGUCUUAGCUUUGUGUACAGGAAUGAGACCAGUUGUGAUGAUAGACUAUGGUGGGAAGAUGCCUGAAUUGCAACAGCGGCUUUGUGCACUUCUAAAACUAAUUCAAAAGGAACUACGUUUAUUUCAGAAUCUUAAGGUAAUGGUCAUAGAGGAUAUGAUAUAUCUGAUACAUGUGCAAGGACUUGCUGAACACAUUCAUUCUACUUUAAAUUCCAAAUUAACACUGCUCCUUGUAGACAUUGAACGGGACCCCCCCAAGAUGUUAAUAGAUGCUGAGAAAAACUCACUGGGUUUGCAGCUAAAAUCAAUUCAAAAGUUGUUCUCAUCUUUAUUUUCCCAAGAAGAAAUGGAAAGUGACCCAUCACCAUCUCUUGGGGAAACCUGCACAACAGAUACUAGAUCCUCUAUUCAUGGGUUUAGUUCUCAGUCUUCUGUCAUUGAUCUCAGUAACAUUUUGGAACAUACUGAAAUCACGUUGCCAACUUUAAAUGGAUGGCUCCUUGGCUAUCCAAUUGUAUACCUUUUUGACAAGGAGCACAUAUCUGAGGCUACUUACAAUCUUUCUGCUAAGCCUCUUCACAUCUUCAGAUUAUCAGUUAGCAGUACUUCUAAAAACAUUUUUCUCAAGAGGCCGUUGAACUUACUACACUACAGGAGAGGUGCCUCCACGAAAGGAUCUCAGCCUGAAGAGCUUCUAAGUUUCACAGUGCCUUAUGAACUGAGCAUGAGAGGGGCGAAGGAGGCAUGGGCGGAGGCAUUUUUGGGAAGUAUGCAGCAAAAGUGGGAGAGAUGCAGUCAAGUGUGGGGUUCGUUGAGGAUGGACGUCACUGAAUGUCAUGCACAGGCCAUUGUCUUGUAAAUUGUGAUUCUGGCAAUCAAGAAAAAGAAAUGAAAGAAUUGUAAUCUGCACAUAAACACUGAAUGAAAUGGCUUCCUUUCUUGGCUGCCUUUUAUUCCAAACUUCGUUUUGCACUCUCCAAACACUUGAAAACUUCACUUUUCCUUUCCGACCUUGUGGUUUAAAUAUUAUUGUUUUUCGAAUCUUAGGUUAAAAAUUGGACAAAAUACAAUCUUUGACUCCUAUGAUUUGGAGUUGGUGUCUA